AGGAGUGGGACGUUUGAACAAGUGUUCAGUUGAGAGAGCUGCUAAAGUCGAAUCUUUUGUUUGUAGGGUUUCCAUUGGCUGAUGGAGUGGACACUAUCACUAUGUCUCACAGGCUGACAAAGGAGGAGCUGGAUGAGCAGUUUGAGCUGUUCUUGAAGGAGUCCAUUUCAGACGACUCGGUGGAAUUGGGCGUCACUGACAAGCAGCCCGGUCCUAAAAGCAGUUGGAAAUCAGCCCAGAAACCAACAGUGUCUUGGUGGGAAGAUGAUGAACACAGCGGCCAGGGAACACAGACAGGGAUGGCCAAAAGCAGAUUUAUCAAAACCAGGAAACCUCGGCCUGAGAACACAGAUGGAUUGCUGAGAUCAGUGAAGACUUUCAAGAAGUCUUUGAGGACGUCUCAGUCUAUUCUGGAGGAGGAGGAGGAGGAUCCUGGAGCCACUGGUUUGAAGGAAGAGGAGCUGCAAGCAGCUGCUCUCAUCAGAGACAGUACUGAGAUAGAGGACCCAGUGAUGGUACCGGCUGCAAACAUGACCAACAUAGGCCUGGACACUCUGGAGGAAGAAGAGGAGAAAGCCAGAUUCUUUGCCCAACUAGAGGAAGGAGCUUCAACAACUAUAGAUUACUCCAAGCUGAACAGGGAGCUGGACUCAACAAGUUCUAGCAUUGGUACGAACCUCAGGAAAGCUGAGGAAGCAGUGGAGCGGAGUGAUGAUGAUCAAAGAAAGGCCAGAGUCACAGAGAGUGUCAGAGAGUCUCCAGCUUAUACAGGCUCUCCACACUACAGUGAGGAUUUUGAGGAAGAGGAGAGUGGAAAAGAGCCACGGGAGGAGAAGUCUAAAAUGUCUCCAAUACUUGCCAAAGUUUCUCUCUAUGAUUCCCUGGACGACACUGGUGGAGACGACAGAAGAAAGGACACAGCAGGAUCACUGGAUAGAGGCCAGUCAUAUGUGCAGAGUGGGGGCUCAGAGAUGGAUGCUCUUCACGAGGCCUACAGACAGAUCCAUGUUGUGGAAGAUUCAGAUGACCAUAAUCACCGGUAUUCAUCUCUGGAAGGGAGGGGGGGGGUCAACAGACCUGUGUCUCCGUCCUCUCCUCCUCAUCGUGCCAGACAGUCUCUUCAGCCUGCUUCUACCAAUGAGUCAGAGCUGCCCACUGCAGAAGAGUUGAUGAGACCCAUCCGGCCAGAGGAGGACCAUAUCAGAGGCUUUACUCUCCAGUCUGUCAGUGCUGUAGAAGUUGACCAAGAAAAGAAAUCCCACUUCUUGGAAAGGACUUUCUCAGAUGUGACAUCUCCAGAGUCACAACUGAAGCGACCAGGAGAGGCUGACCCCAUUGCAGUGAUACAGGGAGCCAGGAGAUUAAGGUCCCCAGACUCUCCUAACCACAACCUGACAUGGACCAUCAGGCAGGAAGUAGAGAGGCUGAUGCAGGAUCAGAACAAAUAUUCGUCUUCCACAUCCUCUCAGGCUGGCAAAGUUAAGAAACAACCGGCCUCCCAUGGCGCUGCGAUUUCUCAUCCCUCUACAUCUUCAGCGAGGAAACCCACUGUGGCCCCUGUGAGAAGCAGAAGAGUGGAGGGGGGAACAGCAGUGAUCAGCAGGUCAUCAGGGCCUAGCAGAGCUGCUGCUCCCACCAGAACCCAGUCUUCUAUUUCCCGUCCUCUGCAGCAUCCACAAAAAAAAGCCAAAUUCACAAAGAGCCAAGAAAAGGAUGACAGCUCAGAGCCAGGUCUAAUGGUGAGCAGUGAGCUGGUGGCAUCAGUUCAGUCCUUAGUUAAUGUCCUACAGCAGCAGAUAAUCAGCAACAGUCACCAGGAUGCUACAGACACACAGGAAGCCAGACUGACGCAGAAUCUUCCAAAGGAAAAUACGGUGGAGGACGGCUCUCUGGUGGAGGAGCUGAGAGUCCAGCUGGAGCUCAAAGAGAGGGAGCUGCAGGUGAUGAAGGAAGGAGCAGAAGAGCUCAACUCACUCAGACAACAGAACUACCUACUGCAAAGCAAGCUGCGAAGUGCAGAAGAAGCCAUUCCAAAGAAGAGAUGGGCCGAGGCCACUGACUCUGCUUUAGAGGAAAGACUCCAGCAGAUGGAGAAAGAAAUCAAAGAGCAGGAGGUGCUCAUAAAAGGAUACCAGCAGGAGAAUGAGAAGCUGUAUUUGCAGAUGAAGGCUCAGCAGGCCAAGAGUAAAGCCAACGAGGAGGCCAUGUUUAAUGAGAACCAGAGGCUGCUGAAUGAGCUGGCUUUCACAAGGGAGAAGUUGCAUAGAACCGGUCGGCCAGUGGGAAACGUCUGCUUAAUGGAUCACACUCAGCGCAUUACAGACUUGUUAGCUCAAAUAAAUACAUUUCAGAGCAAUGAAGCCACGCUGUCUGAGGACAUUUGCAGACUGAAGCAAGAAAAGCAGGCUCUGGAAGUAGACCUGCAGCUAAUGAAGAAAGAGAGGGACCUCGCUAAAUCUCAGGUCAUGUCUGUCUCAGGUGACAAGACUUUUGAGAGGCGUGUAUUAGAGGACAAGCACAGAGAGGAAGUAGCGGCCCUGAAGAAGAAGCUGCAGUGGUUUGCUGAGAACCAGGAGCUGCUGGACAGAGACGCUGGCAGACUGAAGGCUGCUACAGCCGAGAUACACCAACUCAAAGAGCAGGUAGAAAAGCUGAAAGUGGAUGUGGGUAAAAGAAGCAGUGAGCAGCAAAGAAAGGCCAAAGAGAAAACAGUGGACACUAAGAGGAUGCAGGACCUGGAGCGACAGGUCAAGGAGCUGGAGCAGAUACUAAGACACAGAAACCCAAACUCCCUGCCUGCUCUGAUCUAUGCUGCAGCCACAGCUGGCAGGCCAGAGGAUCUGGACGCUGCUAAGAUGUCCCCACCCAGCAGGAUCAAUGCCCUGCUGGAGCGCAGGAUUCAGCGUCUGGAGGCUGAGCUGGAGAGUCACGAUGAGGAUGCCAAGCGCAGCCUGCGGGCCAUGGAACAGCAGUUCCACAGGAUCAAGCUCCGCUAUGAGCACCAGAUCUCACAGCUGGAGCAGCAGCUGGAAGCAGCAAAUUCAGCCCCCGGGGCCGAGCCGUGGAUGUCGAAGGUUGGAUCGCUGGAGGAAGAGCUGCAGCGUGUGAAGGAAACCCACCGGGAGAAAGACAAAAUCCACCAGGACCAGAUUGAGUCUCUCCAGCAGCAGCUGAAACAAAAGGCCCACACAAGUCCAGGCCGACACCAGCGUCAAGCCGAGGCCGCAUUCGGCGUCCGGAUAGAGCGGCUGAACCAAGAGCUCAGCGCCAAGACACGAAGCAUUCAGGAGCUGAACCGCACUGUGGAGAGACUGCAGAGGGAGAGGAGGAACAUGCUGUCUGUCCCCAGCCUGAGAUCAGAAACCCGCUCUACAGAGAGCAGACUACAGCCAGACCCAGCCAAAACACUGUGUUCUGCUACUGCAGGAGAAACCUGUGGAGGGCAAGGAACGUUUCCAGCUGCUCAUUAUGAGAAGACCUACCAGCCCACUGUCUUCACAGGCAGUCAUAUCUCAGAGGUCCUGCAGGAGAAUGAGGCUCUGAAGCAGCAUGUGGAGCAGCUGGAGCUGCAGAGUCAGCAGGACAAGGAGGCAUUACAGGCUGAUGCUGUACAAGCCAAGGAGGAGCUGUGCAGGCUACAGGAGCACUCUGCAGAGCAGCUCUCCACUAUAAAAGCAGAACACGUCAGGGUGUUAGACCAGCUGCGUGCCACCCAUGCCCUGGAACAUUCAUCCUCAAGGGUUGCUGAACUAACCAAUAAACUCAGCUCUCAGGAGGUAGUGGUGAAACAUUUGAAAGACCAGCUGAAAGAGCUGCAGGGAGCUAAAGAUGCUCUGGCAAUAUCCAGGACCCGAGAGGACGCGCUGCAAAAGCAGCUGACCAGACUGCUGAAGGAGCUGAAGGAAGCUAAAGAAGCUCAGAGCCCAGAGGGGAAACUCUUGUGUAGCCUGGAGAGGAAGAUCCUCAGCAUGGAGCUCAGACACCAGGACCGAGAGAAGGAGCUGCAGCAGGUGAUUGGUGGGUCGUAUCAGACGUUAGACACUGAUCAGCAGUCUAACGUACGCAGAGGCGAGGUGGAGCGCUGGAAGCGUCUGGCUCAGGACAAGACCAGAGAGCUGGAGGCUUUCCGUCUGGAGCUGGACUCCAUCCUGGACAUCCUGAGACAUCUCCAAAGACAGGGAGUGGUCCUCCCCAUCACAGCCCCACCUACCCAGAGAAGUUAAGGCUUAACUGAUGCGGGUCAGUAAAGAUUAAUGCUGAUAACUGUGGACUGAAGCCAGAGACAGACAACAUAAAUAAUGAUCUAUCUCAGCAUUAGGAUGAGCUCAGCUGAAGGGUUUCUCAUCGGCAGCAGUGUAGAAGUCAGUGUCCCACAUGUCAUAGUGGACAAUGCCUGCUGGUCCACAUCAGUUAUACUGACUGUUAACACGUACAGACAGAAAUAAAGCGACAGUGUUCUCAGAGAGUUUUAGUUUGGGUUCAGAGACGAGUCUGUAAAGAAAAAAAACAGUGAAUUUCUUUCUACACAUACAGUACUGUAAUUACUUAUUUCCUGUGUAUCUGUUUUAGAUCGUUUCUAUAUUUUCUUUAAAUUAUUGUAACUUAUUCAAUAAAUAUGUU